AUGCCGGCUCUCAAACCCCGAUAUCAGCCUCUACAGAAUAACGACUCGGGCGUCGGUGUGAGUGACGGAGAUCUGUCGGACGAAGAUGUAAAACCUCAUUCUCCUAGCGACGGGCACCUGCUGGACCCUGCAGGCUCAAGCACCGGGAAGUCCUCCAAAUACUCGACGGCAUCAGUCAGCCGCCGAAUCUGUGGUGGUCGAAAGCUGACGAAGACAUCCAUUGCCAUUUCUGUCCUCGUCCUCGCAGUCUUCACCUCAGUUAUUGGUGGUGGUGGUUAUUGGGUGUAUAGUACAGGUCAAAUCAAUGGCCAAUCGCCUCCAUGGUAUCCGACUCCGCGAGGAGGGACUCUUCCAUCAUGGCAGGAUAGCUACGAGAAGGCGCGGAAGCUGGUUGACCGCAUGAGUCUGGUGGAGAAGGUCAAUAUUACUACCGGCACAGGAUGGUCUAUGGAUUUGUGUGUUGGCAAUACUGGCCCUGCCAUCAAUGCCGGCUUCCCCGGACUUUGUCUCCAGGAUGGGCCGCUGGGCAUUCGCUUCACUGAUCAUACAACAUCAUUCCCUGCAGGUCUUACCGUUGGCGCAACCUUCAAUCGCGAUCUUAUGCGUCGACGUGGUGCUGCCCAUGCACGCCAGGCCAAGCUCAAAGGAGUCAAUGUCCUCCUGGGCCCUUCCAUGGGACCUCUCGGGAGGAAUCCUGCUGGGGGGAGGGUAUGGGAAGGCUUUGGCUCUGAUCCCGUCUUGCAAGGAGUAGCUGCGUCCGAGACGAUCCGAGGCAUCCAAUCUCAAGGCAUCAUUGCGACGGCUAAACACUUUGUGGGAAACGAACAAGAACAUUUCCGCAAGUCCUUUGAAUGGGGUUUGCCGGAAGCCUUGUCAUCAAACAUUGACGAUCGAACUCUCCAUGAGCUUUAUGCUUGGCCUUUUGCGGAGAGCAUUCGAGCAGGGGUUGCCUCAGUCAUGUGCUCCUAUCAAAUGGUCAACAACUCAUACGCCUGCGCCAACAGCAAGCUUAUGAAUGGCAUUCUGAAAGACGAGAUGGGGUUCCAGGGUUUCAUUCAGUCCGAUUGGUUGGCUCAGAGGAGUGGUGUCGCCAGCGCGCUUGCAGGUUUAGAUGUCUCAAUGCCUGGAGAUGGGCUAUACUGGCAGGACGGGAAAGCGCUGUUCGGCGAUCAGCUCACCAUUGCAGUAUUGAACGGGUCAGUGCCAAUGUCAAGAUUAAAUGAUAUGGUGAUUCGAGUGGUUGCAGCGUGGUACCAAUUGGGCCAAGACACGUGGGAAUCGACCUUGCCAAACUUCUCCUCGUGGACUGAUGAUAAGUAUGGUCGUCUGCAUCAUGGAAGCAGCAGCAAGCAGCCCAAGGUUGUCGUCAACCAAUUCAUCGAAACUGAAAAUGACGAGAGCCGAUAUAUCGCUCGUCAAGUUGCAAUCGAGGGUACUGUUCUGCUCAAGAAUGAAGAUUCACUGUUGCCCCUAAGCCCCAAGCUUGAAAAGCUUGGUGUCUCCCACACGAAGAAAGUUGCUAUCAUUGGUGAGGAUGCUGGCCCCGGCAAAGGACCGAACUACUGUGAGGAUCGCGCUUGUAAUCAAGGCACUCUUGCCGUCGGCUGGGGUUCUGGGGCUACUGAGUUUACUUAUCUCAUUGAUCCGCUAUCAGCAUUGAACGCGAGUUUUGACAUGUCUACCGUCAACAUCACUGUUUCCCUCACCAAUAGUGUGUCCUCGGGGCUAAAAGCCACCCUCAAAGAGCAGGAUCUGUGUAUCGUGUUCGGAAAUGCCGAUGCCGGCGAGGGUCAUCGCAUUUGGUCAUCUCAACGAGCGGACAGAAAUGAUCUUGAGAUACAGAAGGGAGCCGGUGCUCUGAUUGAGAACGUUGCCGAAGCCUGUGGUGGUCCAGUCGUGGUGGUCAUUCAUUCCGUUGGGCCUGUCCUGGUCGAGGGAUUCGCCGACCUGCCUUCUGUUAAAGCAAUUCUCUUUGCUAAUCUACCCGGCCAAGAAAGUGGCAAUGCUCUCGCAGACGUGCUGUUUGGCCAUGCGGAUCCUUCUGGGCGACUCCCCUACACGUUAGGCAAAAGCCUUAACGAUUAUGGUCCUGGUGCUCCGGUGCUCUACUACCCGAACGCCGUUAUACCACAGGUUGACUUCAAGGAAGGUCUCUUUAUUGACUAUCGCCAUUUUGACAAGCAUAAUAUCGAACCACGAUAUCCCUUUGGUCAUGGCCUGUCGUAUGCUGCCUUCCACUUCUCAGACCUGCAGGUUACGAGCUUGAAGGCCAAGUCUCCACUACCUUCGCCAAAGCCCGAAUCGCUUGCGCCACCUAGUAUGAAUGAGGAGGUACCCGCCGCCGAGAGUGCAAUCUUUCCCAAAGGGUUCUCCAAAUUAAAGAAGUUCAUCUACCCAUAUAUCACGAGCACCAACCAAGUCAGGAAAGGGAAUUAUCCAUAUCCUGAGGGGUAUGAACGCAGGCAGGAACCAAGUCAAGCUGGAGGAGGCGAGGGAGGUAAUCCCGCCUUGUUUGAAGAAUAUGUCAGUGUUCAGGUAAAGAUUGAGAACGUUGGACUCCGCAAAGGGAAAGAGGUGGUUCAAAUAUACGUCGGCUUCCCUCAAUCAAUACACGAGCCAUCAACAGGAGAGAUCAUCGAAACACCAGUAAAAGUGCUUCGAAACUUCACCAAAGUGGAACUCGAGGCCGGAGGUACCCAGGUGGUUAAUCUCACUCUAACACGCAAAGAUCUGAGUUAUUGGUCAGCAGUGCAGCAAAAUUGGAUCAUGCCAGAAGGAACAUUCAAGAUAUUGGCUGGCCGAAGUGCGCAGGAUCUGCCAUUGCAGGGAAGGUAUUGA